GCNCGGCUGUAGCGGCCGGGGCGGCGGCUGCCUGCAGCUGUCAGCGCCCGCUCCUCGGGGGCCGGGUCGGGCCCGUCAGCUCCUCACGGGAAGCACCGAAGGCACAGCGGUGCCCGCUCGCUUCCUCCCCCCAAAAUCCUUUUCCUUCCGCCCGCCCGUCGCUGACAUCCUCCUCCGGCCGCCUCUUCUCCCCGGGCUGCGCGGCCCGCGCCGCCUCAGCGAGCGCUGCGCACAUCCGAGCCUGCAGCACCGAGCGAAUGUAUGAAAACAUGUCCACAAUGGUGUACCUAAAGGAAGAGAAGUUGGAGAAGCUCACUCAAGAUGAAAUCAUUGCCAAAACUAAGCAAGUGAUUAAUGGACUAGAGGCACUGAAGAAUGAACACAAUUCAAUUUUACAGAGCUUACUUGAAACACUGAAAUGUUUGAAGAAAGAUGAUGAAACGAAUCUGGUUGAAGAAAAAUCAAACAUGAUUCGAAAGUCACUGGAGAUGCUGGAGCUUGGCCUUAGUGAAGCACAGGUAAUGAUGGCCUUGUCAAAUCACUUAAAUGCAGUGGAAUCAGAGAAGCAAAAACUGCGUGCUCAGGUUCGCCGACUAUGCCAGGAAAAUCAGUGGCUACGGGAUGAGCUGGCCAAUACACAACAGAAACUACAGAAAAGUGAGCAAUCUGUGGCUCAACUGGAGGAAGAAAAGAAGCAUCUAGAAUUCAUGAAUCAAUUAAAAAAAUAUGACGAUGACAUUUCGCCAUCAGAGGAUAAAGAUACAGAUUCCACCAAAGAGCCUUUGGAUGACUUAUUUCCCAAUGAUGAAGAUGACCAAGGACAGGGAAUUCAACAGCAGCAUAGCAGUGCAGCAGCUGCUGCCCAGCAAGGUGGCUAUGAAAUUCCGGCAAGAUUAAGGACCCUCCAUAAUCUUGUUAUUCAGUAUGCUUCCCAAGGUAGAUAUGAGGUUGCUGUACCUCUUUGUAAACAAGCUCUUGAAGAUCUGGAGAAGACUUCGGGUCACGAUCAUCCUGAUGUUGCCACUAUGUUGAACAUACUUGCUUUGGUGUACAGAGACCAGAACAAAUACAAAGACGCAGCAAAUCUCCUGAAUGAUGCCUUGGCUAUCCGUGAAAAGACUUUGGGCAAAGAUCAUCCAGCGGUGGCAGCAACUCUAAACAAUCUUGCGGUUCUUUAUGGUAAACGGGGAAAGUACAAAGAAGCUGAACCUUUGUGUAAGCGAGCUCUGGAAAUCAGAGAAAAGGUCCUGGGGAAAGAUCACCCCGACGUUGCCAAACAGUUAAAUAACUUGGCUUUACUCUGCCAGAACCAGGGUAAAUAUGAGGAGGUAGAAUAUUACUAUCAGAGAGCACUGGAAAUUUACCAAACUAAGCUGGGACCAGAUGAUCCAAACGUUGCAAAAACAAAGAAUAACCUGGCAUCCUGCUAUCUAAAACAGGGUAAAUUUAAGCAAGCGGAAACUUUGUACAAAGAGAUUCUUACUCGUGCUCAUGAACGGGAAUUUGGCUCUGUAGAUGGUGAAAAUAAGCCUAUUUGGAUGCAUGCGGAAGAGAGGGAAGAGUGCAAAGGAAAGCAAAAAGAUGGCACAUCUUUUGGAGAAUAUGGUGGCUGGUACAAAGCUUGCAAAGUUGAUAGUCCAACAGUAACAACUACAUUAAAGAACCUGGGGGCACUUUACAGACGACAAGGCAAAUUUGAAGCUGCUGAAACAUUAGAAGAGGCAGCAAUGAGAUCUCGUAAACAGGGUCUUGACAAUGUUCAUAAACAGAGAGUUGCUGAAGUGCUCAAUGACCCUGAGAGCAUAGAAAAGAGGCGAAGCCGAGAAAGUCUCAAUGUUGAUGUGGUAAAGUACGAGAGUGGUCCCGAUGGAGGCGAGGAAGUGAGUAUGAGCGUAGAAUGGAAUGGGGAUGGCACUGGAUCUUUAAAACGCAGUGGUUCCUUUAGCAAACUUCGUGCUUCCAUUAGACGCAGCAGCGAGAAGCUGGUUAGAAAGCUGAAGGGAGGAAGUUCACGAGACAGUGAGCCCAAGAAUCCAGGCAUGAAGCGUGCCAGUUCUCUGAAUGUUCUUAACAUGGGUGGCAAGGCUGCUGAAGAUCACUUCCAAGGAGGUGUAAUUGCUGCUAAUGAAACCACUCAUGAGGAUCUUGCUCGCUGUUUGUCCUCAGGAACGAAAUAAUUGUCUGACAGACUCGAGAGCUCUGAGUGUCAGUCAAACUGAUUUGGCGCAUUGAGAUUCUUGGACAGAAGCUAGCUAAUAUUCCUUUGUGAAUAAAGAAGCACUGAGAUCUUCAAAGCUUUGGUUCCUCAUCAUUACGUGUAGGAACAUGUAUAGGAACACCUAGUUCGUAGAUUUUUUUUCCUCUUGGUUUUGCAACGGACUGCUGUUAUUCCUUUUCUAAAUAGGGAUAAUUUACAACAUGGCAUUAGUGGGUAUUUUCUUCUAAAAGAAAACAGUAUAGGUAUAUAUUGCUCAUUGCACUGCUCCCAUUCAUGUUACUUACAUUGAUUUCUUUAGGAAGUCUGAGUAAAACAGCAGCCAAACAACUGUAAAAAUGCAAACAUAUUUAAAGCAUACCAAAAUGCAAAGAUGCUUGAAAAUGAGGGCAAAAUGAAACGUGUAGCGGUAAAUAUAUACAGCGCUGGAGAAAAGGAUAAGUUGUGUGCAUUACUGUAUCCACUCAAACUCAACAUACUGUACUGGUGGGGCUCUCCAUCGCACCACUGAUUAUUUUAAUGUUAAAGACCUGAGCUAGCAAAACAGCACUUAAACACGGAUUACUUAACCACUAGAUCGAGCUAAUACAUUGUAUGAGAUGGCUGGGGUUACGUUACAUAUAGCACGAAUAGGAAUUCCCGUGACCGUAACUUUGAUACCUGUUGAUAAAAGUCUUAGGGCACAAUAAUGGAUGGAGAUAGGACAGUUCAAGCUGAUGAGAACAAAUGGAGAAUGUUUUGACCUUUGUCUCGUAUGGUGGAAGGAUGCCGAAGUUCUGGACUGCAUCUGUCCCAGAGCAGCUGCUGUUGCUCCUGGGGAGACGCCGCGCCUCAGGUUGACUUUCCCGCUUGUCCACUGGAACGCGGUCCCUGUUCUCUGCGUGCUCCGAGUGCUCCGGCACGUCCCUGUGCCCAUCCCACACGCCGCCUCUCUCCGCAAUAGCUGAUGCCAGCAGAAGCGGGCAGCUGCCGGCCGGGCUGCUGCGCUGGGAGCAGCUGCGAGCAAAGGAGCACUCCAACCUUACGGGCCCCGGUGGAAGCGCGGGAUGGCCGUCGGUGGCAAGCAACUCGUUGGGCCACGCAGCCGAGUUAAACCUACUUACGGUUACAUAGAUGCUGUUUGUGUAAAGGACUGCUGCUGGAACCAAGUAUGCAAGUUUCAAGUAUUCCAUAGACACUAGUAUUUUCUUUUGCUUUUCUGUAAAGCUUGUCAUUUUGUCCAUCUUUUGUAGAAACUUCUAUUUGUGCGAAGUUGGAUGAAAAGGUUUAAAAAAAAAAAGUAAAAAUGCAUUUGUGGUCGUAGUUGUGAGUUAGAAAAUGCAGAACAGAGUUAACUUAAGGAAAGCUGGAAUAUCCGUUCAGGAUCAGCACUGACUGAAGGAGGUAAUGGACAAGUUUUAGUGUUUGAACAGGCUGUGAAGAGUCCUUAGAAUUAGUACUUCUUAGAAGUAUUCCACUGCUUUUGCUCUGGUUCUAAGCUGUGUUACAGUACCUGCUGCGUAUGUCUGCACUCGCCCAUGUUUACCAGAGGUACCGUGUCAGCAUCUCUGAAGAAAGCUGCACGUGGUGCCCCUGCUACGAGGACAGCUUAGAGACGGUGAGAUACGAUGCUGCUAAUAUGUAGAAGUUUAGCACAGAAUAGUGCAAUUCAUUAAUGAACUUGAGCAAGAACAAGUUGUUGCUCAGUUAUCUUAACAAUAUAUACUCAUAUAAUGUAGACUCUUGAGUUUUAAUCUUUUAUUAAAGAGCUUUUUAUAUAAGAAAAUAUAUAUAUCUAAUAUAUACUUUUCCCCUGGAGCAGAAUGCGCUGUGUGCACCCACUGGUCAAUGGGGGUCUGUGCAGAGAGGCAGGCUGAGCGCUGUGCAGGGAGCCCCGUGCUGGGUGCUCACUCAGCACUCGCUGCCCAGCGCCAGCUCCCACAGCGGCGCUGCCUGUCCCGGCCGCUGUUCUGUGACAAGCUCCGACUGCAAACACCCCGGAGAGUGCCCCUGCUUCACAGCAGCGCGGUGCUAUUGCUGCAGGAGCGGCUCAGUGGGCCUGGUAACAGCGUUCUGUGGAGUUCAGUGUUUCACUCCGAGGCGUUUAUAGAAGCCUAACUUGCUUUGAAUUUUUUUUUUUAAAAAAAGCUAUUUGGGCACAGAACGGAGUUUGGUAAUAAGGAACUACUUGAAAGAAAUGGAAUAUCUUCAAACACUUUUGUCUUUAACAUUUAAAGGAAAUUCUUCGCAGACUCUAAAGUUUAAAUAGAAACACUGAAUGGUGUUAAUGGUUAAAGUACAUGAAGCUUCCAAAAUGCAUGACCGGAGUAUGUGAGCUCUCUCACUGAGGGCUGCCCAUAGCUCUUACUGUUGCUGGUUUUACCAGUGCUGUGCUUUUACACGUUUUAUUCUACGUUUUGAAGCAUGUUGGAAGAUAAAUCUGAAUUGCUGAGCUACAGCUUACUGAACAAUUCUUACAUUUAAAUAUUUUUUUCAGAAAAGAAACCCAAAUUUCCUAAACCCCAAAGGACGAUGGCCAAGUACUUAGAAAAAGUCUUACAGCUACGAGCCAGUGUGCUGCUCGUAGUCUGAGAGAAACUUUUACCCUGCAAAACCAAACUUAGAGUCAAGCUGAAGUCCUUGUGUUCCAGUCAGGAAUUAGCUCCUGCCGUGACCUGCCUCGUACACACUGCAGUAUCAGGUGGGCUUCUUAGUUUGCUUUGACGUAGGAUUUUCUUUCUGAAUUUCCUCAGUUCCCAUUGCAGCUAGCAGUCUGCAUGAAGUGCAAGACCAAAAGACCCAACUGUUGAAUUCUUGGAUGUCUUCAGUACCAAAUUUAAAUCAAUAGCUCUGAAGCAGAAAACCGAAAGAGACCUUUGGAAUGGACAGGCAUCUUGUCAGGAGAACUGCAGCCUUGGUAGUACCUGGUUUUUAAUGUGGCAUGUGUUUCCUUGUUCAGAAUUGUGAAGCUGAACUUCAUUACAAAGGUUACAAAGACUUGAGGUUAUGCCAGUUGCUCUCCUGUUGGCAGCAGCUCACUGAGGCUGGUGAGCCCCAUGUAGGAACAGUCGUAUGCAAACGAUUGACAGAAGCUGCCUGCUGCCUUUCUCUCCGGCAGUAUUUGUUCCGAGUUUGGAUCUCGUUAGUUCUUACUGUAAAAUGCAACCAUCUCAUGACCAGCUCUUCCAGAGGAGUAACCGGGCUGCUCUGAUGGCUGUGCUUGUAGUGCUGCAAGGACAGGGCACGGCAGUUAAGCAACAGAAAAGCAAUAGGGCACGUUUGAGUUCGUAUCUUUCCUUAAAACAAAAGUCCCCAAACCUCCUGGAAUUGUAGCAAAUUAGAACUGGUUUUAAGCUUGAGAAGUAUUUGUCCAGUAACUUUGAAAAGUGUGGUUCUGUUGCAAAUAUGUAGUAAAAGAUGUGCAGUGCUUCAGCAGCAGUGUGUUUACAGUACUUUUAGAGAGUGCUAGCUUUAGCUUUUGUGACACAGGUGCUGCACUGUGUGUGACAGCUGCUAAGAGCAGGGCAGUUCGGGUUAUGUCAGCCUGUCCUGAGAGAACAAAUCUUAAAAGAUACCUGAUGCUAUGAAGAUUUGCUUCCUUGUAGCAACUUUACAUUGUCACCAGCAUAGAAAUAUUUGAAAUAUCAACCUUGGGGUUUUGUUAAGUGGUUUCAAGUUGAGGUAGAUUUUGAACAAUUGCAUUUGAUGUUUCUCAAACCAUUCUUGAUAGGCUCAGCACACUGAUUAGGCAAGGUCAGUAGUUAAGAAAAAAUAUUUUUAAUGUUGAUUUAUCAUUUGGAGGAAAAUAGCUUUGGUUUUAUAUAUAAAUCUUUUUUAUGUGUGGAUUUCGUAUCUGAUUACAAACGUAAAACUUUCUAAGAUUGGCUUUAAAAUGCAGCAUUUUGCUCUCCAUGUCUCACUGCUGUUGGUUACAGCUAUGGAAGAAAUCCAGUGCAGAGGUCACUUGUUUGUCUUACCGCAGAACAAAUGGCACGUGUUACAAAUAGCAUGCACUGUCAUUUCAUCAAGAAACUUGGAACGAGAUUGUUUUUGUGCUUUACUACAUCUGUUCUCUAAAUAUAUCGCUCGUGUCUAUUUUUCUUUACAAAUCAACCUGGCUUUACUGCUCAAGAGCAAUCUGUUUCCAGAACUCUGUAUGGUUCUUCUGAAAAAGGUCCCUUGAAAUGCAUCACAGAGCUGUAGAUUAAUCUGAAGCUGUUUAAAAGUUUUUCAAAGUGUAGAAAAUAAAAUACUUAAAAUAUCUCACAGGGUAAAAACGAGUAUACUCAACACAUCCUAGAAUGUAAAUUUUCUUUGUAAAAAUUGGUUCCAUUUUUCCUGUACAGAAACAAAUCUCGGUUGUGAAAUCCAAAGAUGAAUAAAGCUGUAUAAAGGGAAGGUUCCUAAA